GAGAGGAAACUUUCUGUGGCUGCUAAAUUUACCAACAGAGAGGCCAGGCAAUGACAAAGACAGAAACAACCGUGUUGAUUUCUAUGUUGCCUGCAAAAUGAUCUUCGCCUCUUUUGCUUUUCGCAGUGAUAACGCGUCAUGAGAAGAAUUUCUAAAGCAAAGAAUCUGCAGUUCAUUUCUCGCAUUUUCGGUGUUGUUAAUUGCAAUUACCGUUCAAUGAAUGUGAAACGUUUUUUGCGCCCCUGCGUUCAAGCCUGAGGGUCAAGGUGUAGUGAUUGUGGGUUCGUCUUUUUUUGGUGGAGACCCGUCUACAAUGCGUAGCGUUCAAGCAAUUGAAUACACCAUGUAUAUUGAACUUUGAUUGUCUCUGUCAUCAUGCAGCUGUGCCCGUAGCCCUGAAGUUUCCUUUCACGCCUCAAAAUGGAUGACAGGCGUAUUGCAGACUACUUUGUUGUUGCUGGGCUUCCACCACAGCCACAACCUCUUGAAGAUGUAUCUCGUGAUGGAACCAUGCCUUGUGGAGUGGUUGGGCCUGCACCUAUCACAGAUCUGGCUGUCAUAUUUCCCACUUUAGGAGAGUCGCCACCACAAGGCUUUUCUCUUUUGGAGUUCACGCCUUCAGGCAUACCAGCUAAUCUAAAUCAUGGCAGUUAUAGAACUCCUGAAGUUUAUUUGUGCUACCGUAGAGGUAGGGACAAGCCUCCUCUGGUUGAUAUUGGUGUAAUGUAUGAAGGCAAGGAGAGAAUUAUGCAAGAUGCUGAAGUCAUCAAGAAAACACCAUAUGGUAAAGUGGCAAAUGUCAACAAUUCUACUGCCCAGAUUUUUGUCACCUAUCGACGAGCCUCGCCAUCAAUGCCUUGUAAUGAAUUAGUUGUCACAGAUGUGUGUGUUAUAAUUGAAAGCAAGGGAGAAUGCCCACCACCAGCAUUUUGUGUUCUUAAGAAAAAUCUGAACAAAGGAAUGGUUGGGUCUGUUGUGUACCUGUGCUACAAGAAGUCAAUGAACAGAGCUAAUUUAAUCUCAUACAAACCUGACAUUUUAUCUCGUUAUCCAAGACACGAUCAUUCAAAUUUUCCAUUUCCUCUGUCUGUUCCACUGUUUUGCUUGCCAAUGGGAGCCUCACUGGAAUGUUGGCCUAAAAAGGCAAUGCAACCAAGACCUGUAUUCUCUACAUUUGUCUUGACUGUUUCAGAUGCGUCUGAAAAGGUGUAUGGCUCUGCAAUCACAUUUUAUGAACCCUACCCUGAGGAACAGCUUACUGAUGAACAGCUGGAACAACUGCAAUUGCCUGAGGAUGCUGAGCCGGAGGAAUUCACUUACAAUGUCAACAAAUCCAUCUGCCUUCUGUCACAUUGGCCGUUUUUUGACACAUUCGAGCAUUUCCUUCUGUUUUUGUAUAGCAUGGCUUGUAGUGGGCCUCAACCUGUGCCCAUUGAAAGAUAUAUUUCUCACUUUUUGGAGGAUGUGCCUUUCCCAUCUCCACAACGGCCUCGCAUUCUUGUGCAGUUGUCCCCAGCAGAGAGAGUUAUCCUAACACAACCUGAGGAUCUCCCCCUACCCAGGAGUGGCGCUAGAUUCCGCAGCCUUCUGAUAAAUUUAGGCCCAGACAAUUGUUUACUAGUCCUUCUCUGUGCUCUUACUGAGCAAAAGUUACUGGUUCAUUCUUUAAGGCCCGAUGUGUUGACUGCUGUGGCGGAGGCCAUAUCAAUGAUAAUAUUCCCCUUCAAAUGGCAAUGUCCAUACAUUCCUCUCUGUCCAUUGGGUCUUGCCGAAGUUCUGCAUGCUCCACUUCCCUUCUUAAUUGGAGUUGAUUCCCGUUUCUUUGAUCUUCAUGACCCCCCUGCAGAUGUUAUUUGCGUUGAUCUGGAUACAAAUCUUAUUACUUUAUGUGAAGAAAAGCGAAAUUUGAACACCAAAUUAUUGCCGAAGAAACCUGCUCGUACCCUUCGCAACACAUUAGACACAUUGUAUAACAAAGUAAACCAAAGUAUGGCAAAUUAUGCUAAUGCAGGUUUGCAAGACUCUUCGCAUGAUGAGAGUAUUGAUAGAGACUUCCAAAUUAAAAGAAAAGAGCAAGUAUUGGAGCUGGAGAUCCAAGAAGCCUUCUUACGGUUUAUGUCAUCAAUUUUACGGGGUUAUCGUGUGUAUCUGAUGCCAAUCACAAAAGCUCCCACAAUUGGUACAACUGAUCCUAAUUCCCUCUUCAAUUUGGGAGGUUUCCUUCGAUCAAGGGACAAGUCAUAUCACAAAUUUUUCACCUAUGUCAUGAAAACACAAAUGUUUAUUCGGUUCAUUGAGGAACGCUCUUUUGUGUCCGAUAUGGAUGCAGGCCUAGCUUUCUUCGACAUCUGUUGUGAAAAGAUGAAUUCUGAAGAUAGCGUUGCUCAUUUGAUUGAACUGGAUGAAGCCUUGAAUAAUGAGAGAACUGUCUUCAUCAUGCCUCCUGAGCCUCCUCCUAACUCCACUGCAAGCCAUUCCUAUAAUGGGUGUUUUACCUUGAAUCCAACAUUAUUUAGUUCUAAAGAAAUGAACCAUCUUCUUCGUAUUGGAGGGGGUAGACUAAGUACUAGUUCUGGUGGUCUUGGAGUACCUGGCAGCCCAAUGGCUCGCAGAACAAAGCAUGAAGUAAAAUCAGCUCAAAAGCUUGCUCGAAAAUCUGCGUCCUCUCCAGAAAACUGGGCCAAAUGUCUUGUGGGAACUUGCUAUAGCUUGUGGUUCAUACACUUGCCAAGCAAUGUGAUGAUGAAUCCUCGAAAAGCAUCUACAUGUUUACGAACAGCUUAUGAUCUUCUUAACAUGAUGCAGAGACUCAAGUUGCAACCCACUGAUGAGGUCUGCUACCGUGUCAUGAUGCAACUUUGUGGUGUAUACAGCACCCCUGUUCUGGCAGUGAAGCUUCUAUUUCUUAUGAAACGAAGCGGAGUUCAACCAAAUGCAAUCACUUAUGGAUUUUAUAACCGAGCUGUUUUAGAAGCCACGUGGCCAUCAGACAUGAACAACUCCAGCCAACUACUGUGGAAUAAGUUGAGGAAAGACCUGUGGUUGGCGGCUCAUCGGAUUGCAGUGCGGCAAUGGGGAGGGGAAGUAUCUCAUCAGUGGGACACUACUGAUACCGCCAAAUGGAGGAACGUCAUCAUGGGUGCUGCACUCUUUCGGCGUGCUGGCACCAAAGGGCAGGUGUCUCGGAGAGCUUCUGCAUUUGUUGAGGAGGGGUCAUCAGUUGGAGAAAAUUUGGUUGAUGGCUCAUCUCACACCUCCUCUGUGGACAGCAGUGACCCUAAAAAUAACGACCAAUCAGGCAGUGAUGAUCACAAGGCAAAAAAUGGCAGUCAAUCAGACACUGGCUACAGCAGCCAAAGUGACAAUGUGAGAGAAAAUCCUGGUUUUGUCUCUUCAAGUGAAGCUCUGGUAGAUGUUUUAAUCACAGAUGAAGUUGGUGCAGGCUGUGACCCAAGUGUGCAAAGACCCGAGUCCAUUUUGGAUUUGAGUAGCACUGCACAUCAAGAUGGAGCAAAAGCAAGACUGGGAUUGAGUAAUAACACAGAUUAUGCUGCACUGGAUCGCUUCAGGUCCAGAGUGGGUAGUAUUGUGAGGCCUACUGGUGCGUCUCUACUAAGCAAUUCCAACCUUCAGCAGCAGCCAUUUGAAAGUAGUGCAGGACUGCUGAUGACAAGUCAGUAUGAUGGCCGACCUGCACCUCUCUCUGAGGAGUGUGAAGGAUUGGAUGCUAUUUCCGAUGCCAUUUCUCCCCUCCUGGAAAAUGGCAAGGUUGGUUCCCCUGGAAACCCAAGGCGUUCAAGAGGCCGAAGUGGAAGCUGCUCCGACUUUUCAUUUCCCCCGAGGUUGUCCCAACAUGAGAAAAACACACCCUUUCACUCCAACUUGACUCCCCACAGUCCUAAGGCUUCUGUUGAACCUGGAAGUCCAAUAGCUGCAAAUCCAGCUGAACAUUUUAAAAUAUUGAUGAGAUCGGAGAGUUUUGCCAAUGAUGCAGGCAUUUUAGAGAAAUUGAACAAACUUAAACUAGGCUUUUCACCGUCUCUGAGCGAAGGGUCAGGAGAUGGCAAACCGGCGCAGCCGUCCAUCAAUGCCAGCAGCAAUGGGCCUUCUGAGGUUACAAGCAAUGUUCGAAAUGUCUCCUUUCCACGAGCCUCUACUGUAUCUAAGGCUUUGUUCGGCAGGAGGGGAAGUUUCAACUUCAGACGGACUCAGAAUUCAGAAAGUCGGGAAUCACUGUCAGAAAACCCUGAUGAGAGAAGCUCAGCUGAAAACAGCCGUGGGGGUAGCACUGAUGAUUUAGAUUCCUUAGGAUCACAACACACAACACCAACUCGUCGUAUUCUUGCAAGUUGGAACAAUCAGUGGAAUAAUAGCCAGUGGAGCUCUCGCAUAUGGGGCUCGAAAGAUGGCCAAACACCUGAACAGCAACUUAAUGAUAGUUCUAACGCAAUAUCCAAUGCAUCUCCUUCUCGUUCUCUUCCCAAGAGCCCUACAAGAACCCCUGUCACUGAGAAUGACCCUCUUGGAGCUUUGGUUGGAGAAAUUGAAGAAGAGGAAGUAGAAGACUCUCAGUCUUGCAGUCAAGAGGGAACAGAAGAAAGCAACCAUAUUAGUGUAGGGCAUGAUGAAGAGGGAAAUCCAAUUUUGUUUGGAGGGAGACGAACAGGAAAGAACAAUGAGAAAGGCGUUGCACGGAGUGCUACAUUUCAUGAAGAUGAACGUGGAAUUCCUGGUGCUCACGAUAGUGAUGUAAACAAAGAUGACCCUAAAAAAUCAAAGAUAAUGCAGCGGUCAUCUACUAUUACCAUGCCUCUUGAUGCACAAAGUGAAACUGGAGGUGGCUCAGUUGCAUCAAGUAUUGGAAGUCUUGGGUCGAGUUUUAAGUUACCAUUCAGCCGAUACUCUCCUAGCAGGUUUAGCCUCCGUAAGGCUGAUCUUCGCAUCGGACAACAGAUUAUUGAAAAUGCAAUCACUAAUUUCAGUCCAAGUAGUCUAACAUCAAAGAAAUCAAGUGAACUUCUCAUGGGUGGAUUGAAUAGCUUGAAAUUUGCUGCAACAUCUGUAGCAAAGAAGUUUGAUGAAAUAAAAGAAGCUGUAUCAGCAAACAAUACACCCUCUAAAGCAACGAAUUUGCGUGACCGCGAUCGAGAAGGCAGUUAUUAUGAAGACGACCACCAAGAAGGCAGCUGUGUGGCAGAUGAUGGAACUAACACUACUCGCAGUCGAAAAGUGUCAAGUGAAUUUUCUCCAUCCGUCACUCAAAAUUUGGAGUAUUGGAGUAGCAACUUACUUGAUCUAUUUGGAGAUAACAGCCGGAAAGGCAGCUCUUCAAAUUUGCAGCCUCUUGGUGAGACAUCAUCAGUGACUUCACAGCAAAUGCCUGUUUUACCAGAAAACCUCUAUCCUAAAGUAAAGCGGGACUCUCGUAUACCUGUUGCAAUGAAAUUAGUUCUCACAACCUGUUCAAAAUGUCACAACUGUGGAUCUAUUCUUUAUGAUGAAGAAAUCAUGGCUGGAUGGUCUCCAGAGGAUUCCAACCUCAAUACAAAAUGUCAAUUUUGUGAAAAGGCCACAGUUCCUUUCCUUACAGUUACUGUUAUGGAUUAUCGUAGCCAUCCAAAAGCUUCAACUGGUAUGAGCCAAGAGAGUUUACAUUCCAGUCCUCGUAGGAAGAACUCAGGGUCUCUUUCAGUCAGAGCCAGUUGGAUGUCCUUAAAUUCUGGAAGUUUAUUGAGUGUCGCAGAGACUGAAGAACUGAAGCAACCUGCACCCCAGUUGGAAGAUGCUCAGGAUGUGGCUCCUUCAAUGACAGUGAUCCCUGAGAAUACAGUUUCUCCAGAGUUCUUGACUCCUGUCAGUGAGAUAUCAGGUGCUGCCCCAUCGGAGGCAGCGGCUUCAACAACCUCUGAUUACGAUACCCCAACAACUGAAGUAGCAGUGGUCCCAGAAGAUAGUCUCAAUGAAGACCUAGUUGAAGGAACAACUGCGACACUUACUAAUCAAGAGCCUGUAGAACCAAUUGAAAACAACUCGCCCAUUGAUGAAGCUCAUAAAGAUUCCAACAUAAUUGUCCAAGACUCAACUCCAGAAGAGGGGACAACUCAGGGUCCAAGCAAGGGAGAUGCCUCUGAAACAACUGUGAAUCCAAAACCUGAAGAGGAACCUGUUACUCUUGAACCCAUCACUGUACCCUACUUAAACCCCUUAGUUCUGCGCAAAGAGCUUGAGAACAUCUUGCACGCAGAAGGAGAUGUGUGCCUUACGAGACCUUGCUUUGUGGAUGAGCAUCCUAUAAUAUUUUGGAACAUGGUGUGGGCUAUGGAGCGAAUUGCAGUGGAAAGCCACCUGCCAGGACUUUGUCUUCAGUCACGGUCAGUUCUGCGGCAACAGACUAAUGUCCACCCAUCAUGGUCACAUCCUGACCACCGUCAUGUAGUCGUUCGCUGUAUGUGGGACAAUCCUCGUCUGCAUGAAGAAGUUGGCCUUCCCAUGUAUGUGCUAUGGCAGCAGGAUGAUCAGCAUUCUCCUUUGGUCAGCGCACUUCUAACUGACCGGACAACAGUAUCUAGACCUGUUAUGGAAAUGAUUAUUGCGUCAAUUAGGUGCAAUGAUUUAUUGGAGCCUCUUAGGAAGUUGGCAACAGAACGUCAUAAAUUGAAAGGAAGAGGUGUCACUCGUAGCCAUUCCAUUUAUCGUGAUAUUCUUUUCCUUGCCUUUAUUGUGUUAGGAAGAGACAACAUUCAUCAAGCUUCAUUUGACAGGGAAUAUGAAAAUGCUUUUGACAAGCUCCCAGAGUCAGAACGAAAGCUUUAUCUUCCCUGUGAUCAUCCUUUGUCCAUCCCUGCUCUUUGUUGUAGACAUUACUUCAGGGAACUUGAGCUUUAGGGAAGUUGUUUUCAAUCUUACUUGAGUUUAGUUAUAGUUAGAAGAAAGAAGAGUGAGAUAUUUGUAAAGUGUUGCAUAUAUUUCAAUUUCUUGAAAUCCUAGAUGCCUGAAUUAGUUUUGUCAUAAUACCAUGCACCCCUCAACCACUGUUCGUAUUGAGAAUUCAGCUUCAGUAUUUUUGAAAAAGCAGUUGGUAUUGAUGUUGCUGAAUGCUGUUUGUUGGUGCAUCUCACCUCAGUUACUUAUCACCAGCUACUUGCUCAAAUCCAACUUGUUAGGAGUUGUUUUGAUUUACUUCAUGGGCUUCUUGAUUUGUUUUGAAACUUGUCAGUGUUCAAUAGUGUAAAGUAACAUUUGGUUCUUUUAAGACUACUCCAAAUAAAAAAUUAUUACAGUAAAGCUUCUAGUAUUAUGCAGUGUUGGUCCAAGUAGUUUACUUGUUAUAAAUAUUAAGAUACACAGGGUAGUACAAAAUUCUACUUCUAAACUCAGUGUCAAUUAUACGUAAGUUGAACAAACAGUAAAUGAUAUUGUAUAAAUUACUGUACAAAUAGUCCUUUAAAAGGUGAAUAUGAAUAAUUGCUAGUUAUGUGCAGUCUAUUAAUGAUAAAGAUUAAUCUAUCAUGCCAUUUUAUCUGUUUGUUACCUUGUAAUAAGGUUUAUUUUUGAAACACUGUCUGAUUGUGGGUUGUUUGGGUAGCUAAGUUGGGGUAACUAGGUGAUUCCAAUUGAUUGUCACCUUACAUUGCAGUCAUGCACUGUACAGUUUACUUCUGUCAACAUGUUGACCCGCUAUAAAGCGCAUUAAUAAUCAAUGAAAUUUGAACUUUGUACAGUUUUUAUUACUCUUAUGUAGAUAUUGAUGAGUUCAAAUCUUUUCAGCAAUAAUCGUCUUGUGAAUUUAAGUCAAUUCUUGGGUGUUCCCCAUCCCAGGAUGUUUUUACUUAGGUGGGACCACAAGUGUAGGGGACUGUAAUUUUAAAUGGUUUUCCUUUGAAAGGAAAUGUUGCAAGUCUUUAUCUUUAUGUGUAACAUGGAUCUUCAUGAUGUGUUUGUUGUCGUACAUCUUAGGUUUAAAAUAGUCCAUAUUACUGAUUUACUUAAAAAUGAAAUAAAAACUGGCUGGAUGACAGGUUUAGAAUUCUUGUCACUAGUAUUUCUUUUGUUUACUACUUAAUCAAUUAGUCAGUUUUCUCAUUCAAAGGCUUAUUACUUAAUAACAACUGCUUGAGAUGUCUUGCGCUUUCAUAUCUAUGCUCUUUGUUUUCAUGUUAAAGAGGCUCUGUCAUUUUGUAUUAGUAUUUGUUCUUGUUCAUCUGUACUGAAGAUCAAAGAAUCAUGGAGAUUAAUAUCAUUCUGUUUUAACUCUAGACUGCUUUUGUGUUACUCUUAAUGCGUAUGAAAUGUUGUAUAUGCACCUAUUAAUGUGGUUGUCUCGAAUGGUUUCACAAGUUGAGGUUUAUUGUAAAACCUUUCACAUCAGUGAGAUUGUCAUUGGCCUGACCAAAUUUCGCCAUGUUUGUUUCACCCCGUAUUCAUGUAUCAAGAUGAAAUCAUAAGAUGCAGUUGUUUUCAGCUGUUGUAAUCAUGUAGCGCUGUAAUUGUUGUUGGAUCAUGUUUGUUCAUGAUUUCAAAGUAUGUCUCGCUUCUCAGACUCAUAUAUUUAUCUCCAACCAUGUACCCUUAAACAUUGUAGAAUUGCUGUAAAUUUGUACAAGUCUCUUUGACUGAUGUAAUUGAUGUGAGAUAGACUUCUGGCUUCAUGAGGGCUAGACUUGUUUCAAGUACUAUUUUUAUGUAUAAUACAGGAGUAUACUACACUAGAAAAAUAUUUAUUUUUUGAAAGUGACAAUAUGUUUAAUUGUUCUUGUAUCAUUAUACUUGGAUAAUUAUAUUCUGUAGUGUGAUGUGCACAGUAACCGUGCCUAAAUUGUGCCUUGUUUUUAAAAUCCCAUUUAAGUGAAUCUCUUGUCUGUUCCCCCUUCUUGUAAUGUUUGUCGUUGGUAUUCUUAUAUUGCUUUUGAGGCAUUGUAUUUUACUUUAUUUAGAUGCUCCAUUCCAUCUGAAAUAUUGGGCAUUUUUUGUUAAUAUUGUAAGUAGUGUUCAGGCCCAUUCCUGUGAAGUAAAGGGCAUUCUGUUGUUGGCUUUGGAAGCUCUUUAAUUUUAUUCAUUGUAAUUUUAUGUUACUGUACAGAUUUCUUCAAAGUCAAGAUUAAUUUUUUGGCAGUUACUUUGUAACUAUGUUAGAACUGUAUUAAAUUUAACAUUUUGUACAGGAUUUUGUUGUCUGUGUACCAUAAGGUGCCUCUUUUACUUAAUGAAUUUUGAUUCUGAACCUGGUUUAUGAUUCCUGUGAAUUUGAAUUUAUCAUGAGUUGAGGGGAACUAUUGUCUAUUGUGACUGUUUAUCACGGGCACAGUAAAUUCUACUGCAAGUAUGUGAAAUAUUUUAGAGAGAGAUUGUAUUACUUUAUACUCAUGUAUAAAAGUGUAAAGUGUGUAGUUUUAAUUUAGAAGCCCCUCAACAUGAUCAGUGAUAGUAUUAUUUUUUUUCUUUGUUCUAGUUGAUUGCCUUAUUUUAUUAUUUUUCUUGCUUGAAAAAAAUCUUGAAGGAUGUAGCAGAGAGAGGAGAAGGGACCACCACUUAGUUGUUUUGUAUUCUUCUCUUGUCUUUGCUUCUCCUGUUUGUAUUUGGGAAAUUUUAAACU